CUAGCUGGGAUCUUCAAGAAUGUGGUAGCCACAGACACCAGUCAAGGCCAACUAGACUUCGCACCCAAGCUCCCAAAUGUGCGAUACCAACGUACCCCACCUAAUAUGUCCACUGCUGAACUCGAGCAACAAGUAUCAGAUCAAAGUGGAGUCGACUUGGUGACUGUGGCCCAAGCCAUGCAUUGGUUUGAUCUUCCUUCCUUUUACAGAGAGGUCGACUCCAUAUUGAACCGAGUUUACUUCGGGGACUCGAGGUCUUACUGGAGCUCAGGCAGGAACCUAAUAGUGGACCGGUACCGAAGCAUUGAUUUCCCGUUUGAGCCGGCGGACGGCUGUGAUCACAUGGGGCCGUUUGAGUUCAAAGCUGAGCGGCUGAUGGAUUUAGAGGACUAUCUUGCCUACACCAGGUCAGGAUCAGCCUAUCAGACGGCUCGUGAUAAGGGUGUUGAGCUCUUGACUGAUGAUGUGGUGGAGGAAUUUAAGCAAGCUUGGGGUGAUGGUGGGAAUUGCCAAAGAUCAUCAAGUUUCCGGUCUAUCUGA